AUGCCGGCCAGAGACGAGUCCAAGACCCUUUUGGACGACCAUGCGGUUGAAGACUACGCCGAGACGGCCUGUGCGGACCUCCAAGGCACCUCAACCGCCGCCGCCUCCGAUCGGGAAUCCUCGCAAACAUCGACAAGCCGAGGCGGCAGUCGACGCGAGGGAGACGCAGUAGAAGCGGAAGCACUACCGAUUACGCCUCCACUGGGGACCGAAUGCCGUGAUUCGUACCGGUGCAUUGUCGACUACAGAGGCGCUCCCUACAAAGUGACCUGGCGCGGCAAGCAGCAAUAUCCCGACUUCUCGCAGUUCCCUCGCUUCGCCGCAGAUGCAGAUGCUGGCGCAGUCGCAGCCCGCCUACCACAGAGCCCCGAAAUGACGUCUCUAUGGAAGGCUUCGACACUCGUCGACUUUGGCUCGUAUGCGUCGAUACGGCGGCACAGCACAAGCCGGUGCCCGGCGUUUCCAAUGGUCAAGCUGGCCCAUCCAGACGACCAGGCACGGCGUAUCCUGCAGCACGAAUUCGCCGUCCUCUGCCGCCUCAUGGACCUCGUGGACAGAGGCUUGGAUCUGCCCGUUGUCCGCAUGGAUCCGGAGCCCAUUGUGGACGGCGGCGUGCUUUGUGGCUUCCGCAUGGAGGAGCUCAUCAAGCUGCCGGUGGUCGAUUUCGCGACACGAAAAGACGAUGCCACGGCGGCGUUGCAGCAGCUCCACGCCGCAGGCUUUAGCCACGGCGAUGUGCAGCCGAGCAACUUCAUGCAGGACAAGACGGGCCGUAUCGUUCUCAUCGACUUUGGCUUUGCAGGGCGCAUCGGACACGAGUUGCCUCUGUUCUUCCCACGCUGUGUAUAUGAGAGCAGCAUGUUCCACAAAGACGCCGACAUGGCCGCGCUGAGCAAGUGGUAA